GGGGUACUGGAAGGGGUGGGGGUUUAGCGAGUACGGAGAAGACUAUACGCCGAGAGGAGGGGGCUGGAAGUCUGAAACUCUUCCAGCCUGAAAGGGCCGGCGCUGUGGCCAUAGAACCCUGGACUGUCUAGUGCCCGCGCGGUUAAGUGGAUGGGAUGGAGCCGGGACCGUCUGGCGCUGUGCCCAUGGGGCCCUUCCCCCCACCCCUGCAGCAGGUGUUCCAGGCACCCCGCCGGCCGGGCAUGGGCACGGUGGGCAAGCCCAUCAAGCUGCUGGCCAACUACUUUGAGGUGGAGAUCCCCAAGAUGGACGUGUUCCACUACGAGGUGGACAUCAAGCCUGACAAGUGCCCCCGACGGGUUAACAGGGAAGUGGUGGAAUACAUGGUGCAGCACUUCAAGCCCCAGCUCUUUGGCGACAGGAAGCCGGUGUACGACGGCAAGAAGAAUAUCUAUACAGUGCUAGCGCUUCCUAUCGGAAGUGAGAAGGUGGACUUUGAGGUGACUAUCCCCGGGGAGGGGAAGGAUCGUAUCUUCAAGGUGUCUAUCCGCUUCCUGGCCACGGUGUCAUGGCGUCUGCUCCAGGAGACACUGGUCAGCGGGCGCCUGCAGGUCCCCCUGGACUCUGUCCAAGCCCUGGAUGUGGCCAUGCGCCACCUAGCCUCCAUGAGGUACACUCCGGUGGGACGAUCAUUCUUCUCCCCACCUGAAGGAUACUACCAUCCUCUGGGAGGGGGGAGAGAGGUGUGGUUUGGUUUCCAUCAGUCUGUACGCCCCGCCAUGUGGAAAAUGAUGCUCAAUAUUGAUGUGUCGGCCACGGCCUUCUACAAAGCCCAGCCGGUGAUCGAGUUCAUGUGUGAAGUUCUGGACAUCCGCAACAUAGACGAGCAGCCCAAGACCCUGACCGACUCGCAGAGGGUCCGCUUCACCAAGGAGAUCAAAGGUCUGAAGGUGGAGGUGACCCACUGCGGUCAGAUGAAGAGGAAGUACCGCGUCUGCAACGUCACGCGACGCCCCGCCAGCCACCAGACAUUUCCCUUGCAGCUUGAGAGUGGACAGACAGUAGAAUGUACGGUAGCUCAGUACUUCAAGCAGAAGUACAAUCUGCAGCUCAAGUAUCCCCACCUGCCCUGCCUCCAGGUGGGACAGGAGCAGAAGCACACCUACCUGCCCCUGGAGGUGUGUAACAUAGUAGCAGGGCAGCGCUGCAUCAAGAAACUGACAGAUAAUCAGACGUCCACUAUGAUCAAAGCCACGGCUCGCUCUGCACCUGACAGACAGGAGGAGAUCAGCCGGCUGAUGAAAAAUGCCAACUUUAACCUGGACCCGUACAUCCAGGAGUUUGGGAUCAAGGUGAAGGAUGAGAUGGCGGAGGUGACGGGAAGGGUGCUGCCUGCCCCUAUCCUACAGUAUGGAGGACGGAACCGGGCCAUCGCCACGCCCAACCAGGGGGUGUGGGACAUGAGGGGAAAGCAGUUCUACAACGGUAUUGAGAUCAAGGUGUGGGCCAUCGCCUGCUUCGCCCCCCAGAAACAGUGUCGGGAGGAGGUGCUCAAGAACUUCACAGACCAGCUGCGUAAGAUCUCCAAGGAUGCUGGGAUGCCCAUCCAGGGCCAGCCGUGUUUCUGUAAAUACGCCCAGGGAGCCGACAGUGUGGAGCCUAUGUUCAGGCACCUGAAGAACACCUACUCUGGACUGCAACUUAUCAUCGUCAUCCUACCUGGAAAGACCCCCGUCUAUGCGGAGGUGAAGAGGGUGGGAGACACUCUCCUAGGAAUGGCCACUCAGUGUGUCCAGGUGAAGAACGUGGUGAAGACGUCUCCCCAGACCCUCUCCAACCUCUGCCUCAAGAUCAACGUCAAGCUGGGGGGAAUCAACAAUAUCCUGGUGCCCCACCAACGGUCAGCAGUGUUCCAGGAGCCUGUCAUCUUCCUGGGGGCCGAUGUAACACACCCCCCUGCUGGAGAUGGGAAGAAACCCUCCAUUACCGCUGUGGUAGGCAGUAUGGACGCCCACCCCAGCAGGUACUGUGCCACAGUCAGGGUCCAGAGGCCCAGGCAGGAGAUUAUCGAAGACCUUUCUUACAUGGUGCGAGAGCUGCUGAUCCAGUUCUACAAGUCGACCCGCUUCAAGCCCACCAGGAUCAUCUUCUACAGGGACGGAGUGCCUGAGGGGCAGCUGCCACAGAUACUCCACUAUGAGCUUCUGGCCAUCAGGGAUGCGUGCAUCAAGCUGGAGAAGGACUACCAGCCUGGUAUCACCUACAUCGUGGUCCAGAAGCGCCACCACACACGCCUCUUCUGUGCCGACAAGUCUGAGAGAAUCGGGAAGAGUGGUAACAUUCCUGCAGGGACCACAGUGGACACCAGCAUCACUCACCCGUUUGAGUUUGACUUCUACCUUUGCAGUCACGCGGGUAUACAGGGGACUAGUCGGCCCUCGCAUUACUACGUCCUGUGGGACGACAAUCGUUUCACCGCCGACGAGCUGCAAAUCCUCACCUACCAGCUGUGCCACACCUACGUGCGCUGUACCCGCUCCGUCUCCAUCCCCGCGCCAGCCUACUACGCCCGCCUCGUGGCCUUCCGUGCCCGCUACCAUCUGGUGGACAAGGAGCACGACAGUGGGGAGGGCAGCCAUGUCUCUGGGCAGAGUAACGGUCGGGACCCCCAGGCUCUGGCCAAGGCGGUGCAGAUUCACCACGACACGCUGAGGACCAUGUACUUCGCCUGAGCACCACCCCACACCACCAUCACCACCACUGUCCUUAAGACUCACCAUCCCUCGGUGAGGGACCCGGGAGCCCACUGGAAGCCUUCCACCUCUCCUCCUCCCUCCAUGGCUGUGACCACCCACACACUCCACAUAACCUCUCUUGACUGACCCACCACAGCCAAACCACCCCAGUACCAGAACUAUACAUCCCUCACCUGAUCAACCCAGGCAGACUGCAGCGUCCUGCACAACGGUUAUUAUUAUCAUUGUUGAUAUUAUUAAGUGUUUAUUUGUAUUUACUUUACCAGGACUGUGUGUUUUUAUGUUGACUUUUUAAAAAAAGAAGAGGGGGGGGGGAAAGGGUAUUAUUGUAUGUGACCUUCCACACUCCUAUGUAUGCAAUACGGAGGGGAGGAAAACGGGCGCUGAGCUGCCCCGAGACUUUUGACUGCCACCACAAUGCUGCCUCUUACCUAUCCGCACGGCGGAUGCCAGUGUUCUGUUCCAAGCCCCUGGUACAACAGGAGUCAUGGGACCCCUGGGCGAGGGAAGGGCGAAAGGACACACUUAUAAUCGUUUACAUUUUUUUUUUUAUCAUGAACUCCAUUCUUAUGUUGCGGUUUUAUUUUUUUAUGGCCUUGAGGCGCGCUACGGGACGUAUGGUACUUUAGCACUUAGCACUUAGAGAUUAGCAUGUAGUCAAUGCCGCCCACCCUGCACCUAAUAUGAAGUGUCUGUGUGAGGCUAGCCCUCUGCUCGUAAUAGUGGAAAUAGAGCAGAGAUAGUAAGAGCAGGUGUAUUAUAUCGUAGAUACAUGAGACUUAAGUCCUUCACUGUUUCUGUGCAGGUUGGGGAGUCUCCUCUUAAAAUUAGCCAGUAGAGAGAGGCCAAUGUAGAAGUUAGAGGGACCAUUGCAUUGAGUGUAUUGAAUAUACUUGAAUAUACUCACACCCCAUGCACCUAAACCAGCAUUAUUAUUAUUAACCAGCCUAAUGUGAUGCCUACCAAUGGAAAAGGGGCACUUAUGUAAACAGGAAGAUAAUCUUUGUGUCAGAAUGCAUUUACUCUGCGAAAGGGAUUACGAGGCACAUUCUUUACCUGAUUGGUUUAUGUUACUUCAGAAUGGGGAGAUUUGUCUUCCCUCAGCCUUCACACACAGGUCUACACCCCCCCCCCCCCCCCCCACACCUACCUACAUAAUACAUAUUCUCACACCUACAACCUCUCUAAGCUUGCUGAACCAAGAGUAACAGUAGCAAUACAAGGUCUUUAUCUUGUCUUUGUAGGUGUGAAAGCAGCAAAAAGAUGUGGGCCAGAGAACACUGAAUGAAAAGUGUUUCUCCCUCACUUUUAGCACUUGACCUUGGCUAUAUGAUCAUUCUACACAUUCUAGCUACACAUUCCAACCUAUGUCAAUGGGGACGACGUACACACCAAUACACUACGUUGACAUACACCUACACACACACUGUACGCACAUAUAGCGCCUCUUUUUUAAAACAUUUUGUACAUAGCUUGUCCUACCUACAAACAUCGACCACAGCGUCGAUCAACACAAGCACACUCAUGCCCCCUCACCCCCUCACAUUCUCCUACUGAGUGUGUACCGAGCUGCCUCCACGCAUGCACUUGCCCCCCUUAAAACCCCCACAUGAAUACUUACCCCCUCCUUCCAACACCACCACCCUUUUUCCCCCUAUCCAUACCCCGCUCAACCCUCUGCCUCAGCUCCCCUCCUCCCAGCCUAGUGUAUGAUCCCCCAUUGGUGCGCUGUGUGCAUGGACAACACAGAUAGGGGUUUGCGACACAGGUUAUUUGGGGGGUACUUACUCAAUAUGCCCUGCCUUCACUUCUGAUCACUUUCUGACUUUAUGAAACGCAUGUAACACAUUUUUAUUAUGACUGGAUAUUCUGAGCCACCUUCUUUCUGUUUUCCUAGAGAUAGGAGCUUAUUACGCUCACUUUUGCCUGUCAGUCAUAGCUUCAGUUGUGUAAACGGUGAACUGAAAGGCUGUUUUCGGUAUUGUUGUGAUGAAUAGUGUCAGAGUGUAUCCUCAAGGGGGUACUAUGCGAAAAGUAGUCUGACAACUUUCACUUCUUGGCCUUCAAGCGCCACCAAUCAUGUCUGAUGGGUGGUAGAGCACCUUUUAUGUUGGAAGGGAAUGACGAUGGAGAUUUAAUGAUAUGCCAAUUUUUGGGGGAUUCAUGUUUAUGGACUUACGCACUCAAAAUGCUUUUGUACACCAUUUUACUGACCCCACGUGUCCAAGGUGAUUUGUAUAUAACCUGUAAUGAAUUUGGGCUCACCAAUGUAGCGGGGCCUUUGCAGUUGGGGUUAGUCCCCGGCCCCUCUGUGUUCAAAUUCAGCUUGGGUAAGCCCAGCAACACUGAUCCAGAUGCAGUUCUUAUCUUCACUCACUGAAGACACAAAGCACCUUGCAACAGGGGAGAACAUGGAAUUACCCUGGGAAAAGCAUCAUGAUGAGGACACAAGCGAAUCCGCUCCACCCAGCCUCACUGACUAAGCAAUAUAAAAGCCACUGAACAAGAACAGUCCUUGUCAUAGCACUUCUCAAUUGGUUGAAUGAAAGGACAUGGAAGCAACUUAUUUUGGCUCUGUAUGAUGUAAUAGUAUGGGGACUCUGUUGGGGAGGGCUAUUUUUUAAAGAAAAUACAUUUGUUUUUUAUUACUCUU